GAAUAUGGCUUGACAGCAAGAGAAGGUCGCGCCAAUAAUACGGUGGAUGAAAAUGGCAUCCGUCAAGUGGCCGGUUGCUUGCCAAUUGAUCCAAUUAAUCAUCGCUUCUUGCUCAUCACUUCCACCAGCGACAAGAACGUCUGGGUCAUUCCCAAGGGCGGAUGGGAGCAAGAUGAAACCGUCCGACAAGCCGCUAUGCGUGAGACUUGGGAAGAAGCCGGUGUCAAGGGCCCAUUGACACGCCAUAUUGGCACCUUUGUCGAAAAAGCUCGCGAAGGCGGGAUUCGAGCACAUCAUUGGAUAUAUGAAAUGGAAAUUCGAGAAGUUGCGCAACGAUUUCCCGAAGAGCAUAAACGGGAACGACGUUGG